UCAAUAAUAUCUAAACAGAAUUUCGAUAUCAUUUAAAAUGUCUUCAGAAUCAGUUUUAGUUUCAUACCCAGGGGCGGCCGGCCAAUAGAGGGCGAUAGGGCGCCACCCUCCUUGAGUCAAAAAAAAAAGAAGAAAAGAAAAAAGAUAAUAUGCCUAAUAUUUUUUUUUUAUAAUACAUAUGUAUAUCUUUUUUAGUGAUAAUGAUGAUAACCAAUACAUUUUGUAAAAAAUUAACAUAGCCUGUUUUCCUCUGAGCAGUUGUGUUCCAUACCAACCGAGCGCUAUGGGCGAUUUCAGCCUGGCUGGAAAUCGCCCCCAGCGCUCUCAUUGACUUUCAUGUAAAAGCUUUUUUUUUCAAACUGCAAGCCCUGCAAUGCAUUCUCUAUGGGUUCCGGGAGUGCUUGCACUAACGUGAUUCCGUCAUAUCAUACAUACACUACAGUGAACGUCACGUGGUGCUUUUAUGGCUUUUAAUAGGUUCAUCACGUUACGUGCCUGCGCCGCCGCCGCAGUCACAUUCACGAUCGUCAUGGCGAAUAUUACGGCUCAGAGCAACUCCAUAAUUUCAUUUAGAGAAUUACCAUUUAGUCGUCGAAGCAAUCAGGAAAAAUUGGCUGUUAAAGAAUUAGGACCACCCCGACCAAAUUUAAAUAUAAAACAAAUAUCAAAGAAAGGAGGCAAGUCGUACACCAGGGGAUUUUCGCGGUGCUGGUACGAGAGGAAAAACUGGCUAGCAGGAUGCGAGGUAGCCAACGGACUCUUCUGCUACCCCUGCGUCCUCAUCCACCCUGAUGGCUGCACCACGGAAACACCUUGGACUACGACAGGUUUCACAGAUAUGCAUCAUCUGUCCGAAAAAAAUAAAAAGCAUGAAACAUCGAGGAUCCACAUGGACAGCUGCUUAAAACUGUCUGCGUUUGGGAGCGUCAACAUUGCUAUGCAGUUGGACGAUGGCUACAGGCUAGCACUGCGUCGGCACAAUGAUGAGGUGAGCAAAAACCGCCACAUUCUGGGCCGCCUGAUCGACGGUGUUAAGCUCUGCAGUGUAUUCGAGUUGGCCUUGCGAGGCUGAGACGAGAGCGAGGGAUCCAGAAACCCCGGAAUUUUUCGAGGAUUGGUACAGUUAAUUGCAUCCCUAGAUGAAGUUUUUGAGGAGCAUUUAAAAACGGCCACCGUCUUUAAAGGCACAUCCAAGACGGUCCAAAAUGAGCUGCUCGACUGCAUGGCAGCUGUCAUUAGGGCACGCAUUACGGAGGAGGUGCAGUCGGCCAGCUUCGUUGCGAUACAAGCUGACGAAACAACAAUCUCCAGAGCAGCAGCAAGUAGCAGCAGGAACUACAGGAAAAAGGAGGGCCUUGGGAGAGCAAGACAAGCAGAGGCUGUCUAAGGAGGUCUGUGACACCAUCUUGGGCCAUGCAAACGAGAGGUUCUCUUUCACAAGCCACCUUGUGAGUGCAACGCUGCUACAAGGAGACCUGUUUGAGCAAUACUGCCAUAUGUUCCCUGAUGAGGCUCUGAACACCACUGCCAAGGAAUACCCCAUGCUGAAUAAGGCGAAGCUCAAGACUGAACUGUCCCUUAUCUACGAGAGUCCAGAUUUCAAGGGCUGCAGUGGUGCAUUGGCACUCUACCAGGUUCUACAGAGGAACAACCUCCAUGAGACCCUAUCUGAGACUGUGGCUCUGUUGAACAUCCUCAUAACCACUCCCAUGACAACUGCUGAAGCUGAAAGGUGUUUCUCGACCUUAAAGAGAAUCAAGACAUUCCUGCGAAACCCAAUGGGACAGGAUCGUCUCAAUGCUGUGGCCAUGCUUUCCAUGGAGAGGGAACUAGUCAGGAACAUGCCUGAUUUUAAUAAGAGGUUCAUUGAUCACUUUGCUGCUUUGAAAGAGAGACGAGCAAAAUUUCAAUACAAGUGAGAAAUGUUGUUUUAAUGUUGUUGUGUUGUUGCACUACUCAAAUGUUGAAUUGGAAAUAGCUGUAUUAAUUGCAUAUCAUUAGCCAUUUUUUUUGUUUGCUUUGUAAUGUACAUGUGUCUUAUGGGUAAAUUCUUGUUAAAUAGCACCCAAUGUUUUGAUUAUCACCUUGGAUCAUUCUUGUUUUAGGAAUACUGUAAAUAUUGCAAUGAGUAGGCUAUGCCACUAGUUUUUAUAUAUGCUGUCUUCAAGUUGUAAACAUGUGAUAAGAACUGUAAAUAUUAUAAUUACUAGGCUAUGCUAACAUCCAUUUUUUUGUUUAAUCAGAAAAUAAC